AUGAGAAACUCCAGGCUCCUCUGAACAGAGCGUGUUCAGAGGAGCGGGUGUUAGUUUUACAAACCUGCGCAGCCCCGCUGGGUGGAGCGUGUAGGUCCUUCACGGAACCUAGGAGCGCCACGAAACACCGCCCACCUCGAAUACCCCCGUGAAGCAUAGCAUAUGCGUGCAGCUUGUAGCUAGCCGGUAGCCUUUGCUAUCUCGAUAUAUUUGCGAGCAGUCGCGAUGGAAAGCAGCGAGAGGAUGGAGGUGGAGGGUUGGGACCCCAGUCUGGAGGAAGAACUUGGCGUUUCUCUGGACGAGCUGAAGAAGUGGAUUGAAGAGGCUGUGGAGAAGAGCGAGAUCGUGCAGAAGAAAAAGGCUCAGCUGACAGAGCUGAAAAAAUGGGUGGAGCAAAAAGAGAAGGAGGAGGCAAUAACGGAGGUACUUCUCAAAGACACCAACAAGUCCUUAUUGGAGUGUGAGAAGCUGGUGAAGGCGACCUACCAAAAGAGUGGUCUUGUUUAUCGGGAGAGCAGCUCAGACGAUGAGGGUAGUGGAGGAGGGGUGUUGUCCUCGGAGGUCAUUGAAAUAGAUGAUGACGAUGAUGAUGAUGUCAUUGCUGUUGGCUGCUUGGUUCCACCAAAGAAACCUGGGACUCCUGGCAAAGAUCAGGCGUUAAAAGAGGUGUCUGCAGCUCUACAGAAAACCUCUCAGCAGGUGCAGAAGUUGUUCCAUACGGUAAACAAGCCUUUGUCAAGUGUUUCUAUGGUGCGACCCCCAGGACAGCUUCCAUCCCAGUCAGGUAUUCAGAGUGCAGUGCCAGCAGUGUUUGUAUCACAGGUUCCAUCUCAGUCCAUAACCCAGCCCAACCCAAACGUGACAGAGGAUGAGCUUCGAGUCGGGAUGAACAUUCUGGGAAAGAAACGCACCAAGACGUGGCACAAAGGUGCCCUCGUCGCUAUCAACCCUGUCGGAAACGGUAUAUUUAAGUAUAAAGUCAAGUUUGAUAAAGGAAAGAGUCUGCUGUCUGGAAAUCAUGUGGCUUUCGAAUAUAACCCUACACUGGAGAGUUUGUAUGUCGGAGCCCGUGUAGUCGCCAAGUAUAAGGACGGCAACCUAGUGUGGCUUUAUGCUGGAAUCGUAGCAGAGAUGCCCAACAAUAAGAACCAAAGGAGGUUUUUGAUAUUUUUUGAUGAUGGCUAUGCUUCGUAUGUGAAUCUACCCGAUCUCUACCCUGUCUGUCGACCAUUAAAGCGUACUUGGGAAGACAUAGAGGAUGCAUCGUGUCGAGACUUCAUCGAGGAGUACAUCACAGCUUAUCCCAGCAGGCCGAUGGUGCUGUUAAAAGUCAACCAGAUCAUCAAGACGGAGUGGGAGGGAACCUGGUGGAAGAGUAAAGUGGAGGACGUUGAUGGCAGCUUGGUCAAGAUCCUCUUCUUGGAUGAUAAGAGAAGUGAGUGGAUCUAUAGAGGGUCCACCAGGUUGGAGCCAAUGUUCAACCUGAAGAUGACCACAGCCAACACUCAGGAGAAGAAGCUGGCAGGCCAGCAGAGGACACGACCCAACAUGGGAGCGUUGAGGAGCAAAGGCCCAGUAGUUCAAUACACCAGUGACGGACAUGUUGGAGCCUCUCCCGUCAAAGCCCCACAGGCCACACUGAGUCCGCCCUCGCUGACACCGCAACUUCAACAGCGUCCACAACUGCCACAGCCCCAGCCAAUCCAACCAACCCAACAAACGCAAUCAAUCCAACAAACGCAACCAAUCCAAAUAACCCAAACAACCCAACAAACCCAACCAACUCAACCAAUCCAACCAACCCUUCAGUCCCCACAUCCUGCUCAGUCUCCACGCCUCGACAAUAAACAUCAGAUGGCAAAGAAGAGCACUUCCCCGUUUGUCCCUGGUGUCGGAGGCACACAUGCCUCCAAAGUCAUGCAGUCGCUUUCCCAGAAUCUCAGCAUCCCGCCUGCUGGAAGAACACUGAUUGCUCCAAAUACUCCUACGCCCACGUUCGCACAAGCGUUUCAGAGACAAGUGCUAUCUGUCACUCCCGUCUCCCCUCCUAUGAUUCAUGCGGUGGCCACUAUCCCACAGCAGCCCUCGUAUCGUGCCCCGACGGACCGCAUCUUCUACAUGGCUCACACGUGUCAGCCUGCCUGUCUCAAUCGUGUCCGACCAACGAAACCAGACCUGCACAGUGGAAAGAACCCCCUCCUCACACCUUUAUUGUAUGAUUUCAGACGCAUGACAGGACGACGCAAAGUCAACCGCAAGAUGUCCUUCCAUGUGAUCUACAAGGCACCGUGUGGGCUUUGUCUGCGUAACAUGGCAGAGAUCCAACAUUACCUCUUCCAGACACGCUGUGACUUUAUAUUCUUAGAGAUGUUCUGUCUAGACCCCUACGUACUCGUGGACCGUCCCUUCCAGCCACAGAGGCCAUUCUAUUAUAUUCCAGACAUCACAGGUGGAAGGGAGGACAUUCCACUGUCCUGCGUCAAUGAAAUUGAUUCCACUCCGCCUCCUAAAGUAGACUACAGUAAAGAACGUAUUCCUGAAGAUGGAGUAUUUAUCAACACCAGUGCAGACUUCCUGGUUGGGUGUGAAUGCACCGACGGCUGUCGAGACAAAUCCAAAUGCUCUUGCCACCAGCUGACCCUUCAGGCUACAGGUUGUACACCAGGCGGACAGAUCAACACAAAUGCUGGAUUUUCGUACAAACGAUUAGAGGAGUGCCUGCCCACAGGGAUCUACGAGUGUAAUAAGCGGUGCAAAUGUUGUGCUUCGAUGUGCACUAACCGACUUGUACAGCACGGCCUGCAGGUGCGUCUCCAGCUCUUUAAGACCCAGAACAAAGGCUGGGGCAUCCGCUGUCUGGACGAUGUGGCCAAGGGUUCUUUUGUCUGCAUCUAUGCUGGUAAAAUCCUGACAGACGACUUUGCAGACAAAGAGGGUCUUGAAAUGGGCGAUGAGUAUUUUGCCAAUCUGGAUCAUAUAGAGAGUGUGGAAAACUUUAAGGAGGGCUAUGAGAGCGAGGCUCAUUGUUCAGACAGCGAGGGAAGCGGUGUGGACGUUUCCAGGAUAAAAAUCCAGCCAUCUGCUUUAGCAUCAUCCAAUGCUGUGGGGCCCGGGAAGGGUGAGUCCAAAUCCUCAGCCCAAAGCCCGAGCUCAUCAGGAGAAAGCAAUGAGGAAGAUGAGAAAGACUCAAAGAGUGAAGAUGAAAGUGACAGUUCGGACGACACGUUUGUGAAGGACAACUACUUCAGCUCCAGCUCUGUGUGGAGGAGUUACACAACACGUGGUCAGGUCAAGGGCAACAAGGAAGGGAGUCAAGACAGUAAAGAUGGAUUGAGUGCGUCAGUCAAGGGAACCGAUGAGCAGAAGCCACCGUCCAUGCCCGAGGAGACGGGGAAAAGCAAAGUAGCUUCCUGGCUGACGAGCCAGGGGCUGAAGAGGGACUCUGGAGACAACAAGAGUCAAGUGAAGCCAGACACAGGGAAGAAGCAGGAUGUGAUGACUCUCUCAGACAGCGAUGAUGUUCAGACCAUCAGCUCUGGAUCUGAAGACAAAGAGAGAGAAAAAGUUACUCCAGGUGUAACUAAGAAGCAGGUAGCAGUUAAAUCCACCCGUGGCAUCGCCCUGAAGACCAGCCAUGGAAUGAUGGUGAAAACAGGUGCGCCUGGAGGUGGGGGAGGGCCAGGGGGUCAGGGAGGAAAAGCAGGGCAGCAUGGACAGAAUGUAGGAGGCGGGGACAACAGUCACAGAAACACACGCCUGUUCUUUGAUGGUGAGGAGUCAUGUUACAUCAUUGACGCCAAGCUGGAGGGAAACCUCGGCCGAUACCUGAACCACAGCUGUAGUCCAAACCUCUUUGUCCAGAAUGUGUUUGUGGACACACAUGAUUUGCGAUUCCCGUGGGUGGCGUUCUUUGCCAGCAAACGAAUCCGGGCCGGGACAGAACUGACCUGGGAUUACAACUACGAGGUUGGCAGUGUGGAGGGUAAAGUUCUGCUCUGCUGCUGCGGAUCCACGGAGUGCAGAGGAAGGUUGCUUUAAUCUGAAAACCAUUAGAACUCCCCUCCCACUGCUGCAUCAGUAGAAACCUUUUAGGAUCCUCUUCAACACUGUACCUUUGUGUUUGUUUGUUUUUUUAAAGCAGAUUUCUGAAUUUUAAUACAUGUUUUUUUUCUCUUUUAUUUUAUAUGAAUGUGAAUCCAGAUAUUUCUCAUUUUACCCACGACAUGUUUCUUUAACCCCUGAAUAAAAUGCAGUUUUCUUC